UGCAGUGCAAAGGGAGAGACAGACAGCACAAGAGAGAGAGAGAGAGAAAGACGAAAAGGAAUACUAAAGAUGAAGCCCAUCGCAUUUUCUUCUCAGAAAGUCAUAGAUGGCUGUAGAGUCCAGCAGCAGCAGACUACACGAUUUGAUAUUCGAAAAAUGCUGCUGCCCUUGAUCGUUCUCAUCUUUUUAAUCGAACUUCCCACAAACAGUGCUUUCAAUCAAAGUGAACUUGUACGGAUUCCAAGGCACAAUUACUAUGGAGCUCAGCCUUCACUUUACUACACGAACUUUAACGCUUUCAGGCCGUACUGGUUAAAUCGCCCACAUUACCUCGAUAACUUCGGUGGAGGUGGUAUGCUUGAUCCCAUACAAGGAAGGUCCCGAUUAUCGAGCAGACUCGGACCGACACCUGUGAGAGAUGAAUUAGAGGAAGAAAUAUCUAGCAGACUGCUUGGUAAAUCUGGAAAGAAACAGGGCAACACUCAAGGAAACUCUUUUUUCUCUAUGAGAAACCCUCUGGCAACUUACGAACCUUGCGGGUCAUCAAAUGGAGAAGAAGAUGGAAUUUGCCUCGCUGGGCCAGUUUGUUCGUUCUACGGAGGACGAGCGACAGGAGGCAACUGCAGAAGGGCAACAACAUGUUGCGUCAACGAGGUCAGCAAGUGUGGUGCUCUAGUUACGCUCAACAACACGUAUUGGCAAGCUCCCGCGGCCGUUAGUUCGGAAAGCACCUGCGGUUUAACCGUGAAAAUGGACAGGACAUUAAUAGAACAACGAGUCACCACUUGUCAAUUACGCCUCGAUUUUAUUUCGUUCUCAAUUUCACAACCGAACGCACAGUCUGUUUGUAACGUGGACAGUUUGCAGAUUGCUGGAACAAUUAACAAAGUACCCAUCAUUUGCGGAGACAAUGACGGACAACACAUGUACUUGACUCUUCCGCCUGCUGCCGCCAGUUCCCAACUUGUUUUUACCUUCGGUACUUCAACAGCGGCCCGUACCUGGAGAAUCAAAAUUUCUAUGCUUCCUUGCGGUUCGGAUUACCUUGCUCCCAGUGAAUGUCUGCAGUAUUUCACUACGGCCAUCGGUUCGGUUAUGACGUUCAAUUGGAAGGACGUUGCCAGUGGCACAGCAACUCGUCAACUUGCCAAUCAGGAUUACUAUAUGUGUUUCCGGACAGAAUUGGUCAACAAACAGUCGAGUGCACAGGUGGCCACUGUGCUCUGCAUCCAGGAGUGCCAGACAUCGGCCGCUAAAGCGUUCAGCAUUUCUGGAACGGAUAUGGCCAGAAGCCAAACAAUAGAUGAUACGUCAUGCAACAACGACUUCUUAUUGUUCCCCGGAGGAACGAGUCAUCCAACUGUCGGUACGGUCCGUCCUCGAGAUCGUUUUUGCGGAACGGUAUUUGCCCAGGAAUCCGAAUCCGGAUCGUCUCAAACUAUUUGCAGUACAGUGAAACCGUUCCGGAUGUUUUACAGAACGAACGGCGAUGAAACGAUAACGGCCACGGUGGAUUCAGCCAACACUGGAAAUCAGGGCUUUUGCUUAGCGUUUGAGCACAGAUUGACAUAAGAGCAAUUUCAAAAACGUUUUCUCAGCGGAAAAGUAUUUGUCAAUUCAUUACAACAACCUGACAAAGUGCAAUCAGUACUAGCCUGAGGCUCUAAAUGGAAGAAUCAAAAAGAAGAAUUAAAUUAAGACUUUUAUCAUGGUUAACUCAAUACUCUUUUGACGAAUGUUUUCAGUUUGUCGCGUGUUUUCUUGUGAAGUGUUAAAUAUGCCUUCAUAAUUUUAUUUCAAAACGUACUGUUCAA